AUCAAGCACGCCAGCGGAGGGAUUGAUGUUGUGUAUUUUGUAAAUAUGCGAGCAUCAACAACUUGGACAUAGAGAUUUUUUGUCGCAGCAUUUCUUGUGUUUCCUCUUAGUUGCAGUAUAAUGAUGGGGCUCGACAGACAAAGUCAAACGAGAGGGUAUUAUUUGUUUGUGUUUCAUUUGGCUUUACUACUAUCUUUCGGAAAGCACGGUUUUGCUCAAAUAAGGUACUCUAUUCCAGAGGAGGUGAAAGAAGGAACUACUGUUGGAAAUGUUGCUAAGGAUCUUGGCCUUGACAUCACCUCUUUGAUUGACCGACGGUUCCGUGUUGUUUCUGGAUCUAAAGAGACAUUUUUCGAGGUAAACCAGGACAAUGGCGUUCUCCACGUCUAUAAGAAAAUCGACAGAGAGGAGCUAUGUCAUGGUAAUGGUGCUUGCAUAAUAGAGCUAAAAAUUCUUGUUGAAAACCCUUUGGAAAUGCACCAUCUUGUUGUAGAAAUUACUGACGCAAAUGAUCACUCUCCUAGUUUUCAGGAAAAAGAACAAACGUUUGAAAUAUUUGAACAAACAUUACCUGGAAGACGAUUUCAGCUGCACACUGCUCGUGAUCCUGAUGCUGGAAUUAAUUCUAUUCGUACAUACACUUUAACACCAAAUGAACAUUUUGAAAUAGAUAUCCGCCAAAGCGAUGAGGAUAAAAUACCAUUUUUAGUGCUGAAGAAAACGUUGGACAGAGAACAAAAGGACAGACACACGCUGCUGGUUACAGCAGUUGAUGGAGGUAAACCUCCAAGAUCAGGGACCCUAAAUGUUUCCAUCAUUGUUCUUGACAGUAAUGAUAAUCGCCCAAUGUUUACUCAGGAGAUUUAUCAAAUUUCAAUAAAAGAAAAUGUUCCAGUCGGUACUUCAGUAUUUAAAAUGAAUGCGACGGAUCCCGAUGAAGGCAUCAAUUGCGAAAUUGAAUACAACCUUGUUAAGACUCUUAAGAAAAAAGUCUAUGACAUUUUUGAAUUGGACAAAUUAACAGGAGAAAUUAGAGUAAAAGGAGUGGUAGACUAUGAAGAAAACGACGUUUAUAAACUCGAUGUUGAGGCAUCCGAUAAAGGAACACCUCCACUGACAGGUGAGUGUAGAGUCAUUAUAAAAAUCAUAGACGUCAAUGACAAUCCACCAGAAAUAGAAGUUACAUCACUUUCAAAUACAGUGUCUGAAGACUCAAAACCUGGAACGGUUAUUUCACUACUUAGUGUAACGGAUAAAGACUCCGGUGUUAAUGGAAAAAUAAUAACAAGCAUAACGUCAGACGUGCCUUUCGAAUUAAAACCUUCUUAUAAGGAGAACAUAUAUUCAGUUGUUACUAAGGCUUUUUUGGAUCGAGAGGAGGUGUCACAUUAUGAAAUAACAAUAAAAGCUACUGAUUGUGGUGAACCUUCCUUAUCUACGUUUAAAACACUGAAUAUUCAGAUAGCAGAUGUAAAUGACAACAGUCCACAUUUCGAACAAAAUCCAUUACAGUUUUACCUGGUAGAAAAUAACGUUGCUGGAGCGUCGAUAUUCUCUGUAAGCGCAAAGGACAAUGAUGUGAAUGAUAAUGCAGCCAUUUCUUAUCAUAUUGCUAGAGGGAAUGACGUAACAACAUUCCUAAAUAUAAACCCAGAUAAUGGACAGAUUACAGCGCUAAAAAGUUUUGACUUUGAAACACUGAAAACGUUCCAGUUCCAAGUUGUUGCCUCAGAUUCUGGAACUCCGUCACUAAGCAGCAACGUCACAGUGAACGUGUUCAUUCUGGAUCAGAACGACAACGCUCCAGUCAUCCUGUAUCCAGUCAGCUCCAACGGUUCUGCUGAAGGUGUGGAGGAGAUUCCCCGCAAUGUGAACGCAGGACACUUGGUGACUAAAGUCAGAGCCUAUGACGCUGAUAUAGGAUAUAACGGCUGGUUACUGUUUUCACUGCAGGAAGUUACUGACCACAGUCUCUUUGCUUUGGACCGCUAUACAGGACAGAUCAGAACACUUCGCUCAUUCACAGAGACAGACGAGGCCGAGCAUAAACUGGUCAUACUGGUGAAAGACAAUGGGAACGUUUCACUCUCAGCAACAGCUACUGUGAUUGUCAAACUUGUGGAGCCCAAAGAGGCUUUUGCAGCUUCUGAUGUUAAAAGUUCAACAAAGGAUGAGGAGGGGAAUGAUGUGACUUUCUAUCUGAUGAUAACUUUGGGCUCAGUUUCAGUACUUUUUCUGGUCAGUAUCAUCGUGUUGAUUGCAAUGCAGUGCUCUAAAUCUACAGACUAUACUUCUAAAUAUCUACAAGAGCCUAAUUAUGACGGGACACUGUGUCACAGCAUCCAGUACAGAUCUGGAGACAAACGGUACAUGUUAGUUGGACCAAGGAUGAGUAUAGGAUCUACUAUAGUGCCGGGCAGCCAUGCGAAUACACUAGUGCUCCCUGACAGGAGGAGGGCAUCUGGAGAGGAGAUUUAUCAAAUUGAAAUAAAAGAAAAUGUUCCAGUCGGUACUUCAGUAUUUAAAAUGAAUGCGACGGAUCCCGAUGAAGGCAUAAAUAGCGAAAUUGAAUACAACCUUGUUAAGACUCUUAAGAAAAAAGUCUAUGACAUUUUUGAGCUGGACAAAUUAACAGGAGAAAUUAGAGUAAAAGGACCAGUGGACUAUGAAGAAAACGACGUUUAUAAACUCGAUGUUGAGGCAUCCGAUAAAGGAACACCUCCACUGACAGAUUCUGGAACUCCGUCACUAAGCAGCAACGUCACAGUGAACGUGUUCAUUCUGGAUCAGAACGACAACGCUCCAGUCAUCCUGUAUCCAGUCAGCUCCAACGGUUCUGCUGAAGGAAGUUACUGA